AUGAUUGUGUUGACAGCACAUCACGACAUACAAGCAUUGCUGGCCAUUCGGCUGACAGGGAAGAGGAUACAUCGACCUGGACACACAAGAGAUGUUCUUGCACUGCCGAUCUUCAAGCAGGAAGAACCGCAGCUGUCUCCUGAGAACGAUGCCAAACUGCCACCCUUUCAGUAUGUUCUUUGCACAGCCACGUCGCCUGCUGUGAAACUGCAUGAAGAAACCCUGACCUACCUCAACCAAGGUCAGUCUUAUGAAAUCCGUCUACUUGAGAAUAGGAAAUUGGGAGAGUUUCAAGAUUUAAACACAAAAUAUGUAAAGAGCAUAAUUCGUGUAGUUUUCCAUGAUCGACGCCUGCAGUACACAGAGCAUCAGCAGCUCGAGGGCUGGAGGUGGAGUCGGCCUGGGGACCGCAUUCUUGAUAUAGAUAUUCCGCUGUCAGUUGGUAUCUUGGAUCCCAGAGCAAGCCCAACCCAGUUGAACACUGUUGAAUUUCUGUGGGAUCCAUCAAAGAGAGCCUCAGCAUUCAUUCAGGUACAUUGCAUCAGUACAGAAUUUACUCCACGGAAGCAUGGAGGAGAGAAAGGGGUACCCUUCCGGGUGCAAAUCGACACCUUUAAGCAGAAUGAAAACGGGGAAUAUACAGAACACUUGCAUUCUGCAAGCUGCCAGAUCAAAGUGUUCAAGCCUAAAGGAGCAGACAGAAAACAGAAGACUGACAGGGAAAAAAUGGAGAAGAAGACCACCCAAGAGAAGGAGAAGUAUCAGCCUUCCUAUGAGACAACUAUUCUCACAGAGUGCUCUCCCUGGCCAGAUGUGCCUUAUCAAAUGAACAAUGCUCCAUCUCCAAGCUACAACAGUUCUCCCAACAGCUUCAACCUUGGAGAUGGCAACAGUUCUCCAACCCACCAAGUGGAGCUCCUGCCUCCCAGCAACGAUCAUCUCCUUCCUUCUGCUUCUAUUCAAGAUGCCCAGCAGUGGCUUCAUCGUAAUAGGUUCUCUCCAUUCUGUAGACUCUUCUCAAGUUUUUCGGGUGCUGACUUACUGAAGAUGUCCAAAGAAGAUUUUGUUCAAAUCUGUGGGCCUGCUGAUGGAAUUCGGCUCUUUAAUGCAAUCAAAGGAAGAAAUGUAAGGCCCAAGAUGACAAUUUAUGUCUGUCAAGAACCGGAGCAAAACAGGUCCCAUCUCCACCAAAAACGAGAAAAUGGAGAUUGCAGUCUUUGUGUAUAUCAUGCAAUCUUCUUGGAGGAAUUGACCACACUGGAAUUAAUUGAGAAGAUUGCGAACUUGUACAGCAUAUCUCCACAGCAGAUAAAUCGAAUCUAUCGUCAGGGACCCACAGGGAUCCAUGUAUUAGUGAGCAAUGAGAUGGUGCAAAAUUUCCAAGAUGAAUCUUGUUUUGUUAUCAGCACAUUAAAAGCUGAAAGCAAUGAUGGCUACCACAUCAUUUUAAAAUGACCAUGCUGCAUAGAAAGACUUUAACAGCCUAAAAUUUAGUGCCUCACUGAGAUUGCUACAACCUAGACUGGAAACAUGAAGAACCCUCGGAUAAAAUGCUCCUGUGAACUAAGAAUUACCAAACAGCUUAAGGAAAAAUUUGCUUUUACAGAUACACAUUUUUUGGUGGUGUGUGGUUUUGUUUUUGUUUUUUUGAAGCUGGAGCUGAGAACAUCCUCAAAGCUUGUACAUGUUUCUUCCUCCCUCCCUUCCUCUUCAGUCUUAAAAAUUGCUGAGGUUUCUGCUCAUUACUUAGAAACAUCUGCCUUGUACUAAAGGGAAAUGAAAGAUAAACAAAACCCAAUUUUCUAGACCCCUCAUGGUUGGGUGAAUUGAUUUAUUUACUGUUCUGAGUGCUCUCUUGCUUUCAACACACACCCUGUUGCUGAUGGACAUAGGCUCCCUGAGGGUCCUCUUUUUGAGGUGGAAGACCUGGGGCUACAUCCAAAACCAGAUUGGGCAAUGCAGAGGAUGGAUUUGGUGCUCAGUCCUCACCCAGAGUGUCAACCCUGGAAGCCCGCUCCUAGCUGUUCUUCACCUGUAGACAUGCUCAGAGCCCAGAGACCUUGGGCCCUCCUGACAGAGCUUCUGUAAUACCCAUCCAACAGAACAGUUUUUCAGGGUUCAGGGGAGGACAGACAACCUGAGGCAAACAGUUCAGUACCGUAUUAUAUUUUUAGCUUUAGAGUAGUCUCUCUGAAUGGAGUAUGUGAAGGUUUUCUGAGGAAAUGUUUUGAAUGUUGAAAGUUAUAGAACUCAUGACUAAUUCGUACUAUGGAUUUAUUCUACUCUACAAAGCGUUGAUUAACUUCUAUCUUUACUGUAACUGGGAUUAGGUUUUACAAUCCUAAUGUUUUUUCCUUCUGUUACUCACCAAAGUGAAGCUUUUGAUUGAGUCCAGGUAACAGAUCAUCUUAGUUGGUGCUUCUUAUAUUCUUGCUAUUUCACUCUUGACUCCUGUUUCCAAUAUCUGCAACUAUGGUCAACUCCACCCUCCCUUGAUGUUUUGGGAUGACAUCCAGGCUCCACUAAGCUGAAAAAGUGGCUUCCACUGAUGUCAAAGGCAAACUGGAUCACACCCUUCUUGCAUGGAUGGAGUAAUUUCAAUUUUGGCAGCUAAUUAAUACGUGUUUCCCAAACCAAAUGUCUACAUAGCAUCAAAUUCUGAUACUUGAACAUUAAAUUUCAUCCUGAAUUGAGAUGGAAAGCUGAAAUACAGAAAAUUUUCCUGGAAUGGAAAUUUUUCAAAAAAAUGAGAAAUUGUCAGCUGGAAAAUGCUGAAUAAAAUGUUCUAGCCUUUUGAAAUGGAAACAUUUAAUUAAAUCCAUUUGGCCCUUAAAGCAGCAUCAGUUUGAGCUACUGUUGCAGACCUCAGAAAUUACCAUUCAAGUGCCUUGUGCGCCAUGUCUCCCUUGGGGCUGAUCUCUUUGGCUGGGUUACAGAUCCCAUGAUGCUCUUACCGUGGGUUAGUCAAAGGGGGAAUGCGUCAUGAAGGCUGGAAGGGUGCCCAGGAACCCAGCCUUCUGGGAAAGAGGGGGACAUGGAGCCCGUGAAUUACAGCUCCCAGCUGACACUGGAGGAAUUCAGGCAGACACGGACUGAUAUUUUUCUGACAAAAACGAUGUGUUUCAAGCUUUCCCAACAGAAAUAAACAGCAAAAUAUUGAGAAAAGCAACCUUUUUUUCAUUAAAAGCAUCGUUUUGCGCAAAAAAACCCACCCAUCCCCACCGAUUUUUUUUCUUUACACCAAAAAUAAUACUAGAAUAGAAAAAUCAUGUUACAAUGGGAAAACCUUCAGCCAACUCAGCUAAUUGAGUAACAGUGCCUACUUGGGCAUGAUCUUGCUCAACUGACUGUCCUGGAUGUCCAUGAAUUGUAGUGUUUCACCAAAAAGGAUGCCCAGGCUUUGGGACACAGUGAUUCCUCCCCCCUGAAGUGAAGGAUUUUGAGGCUUCUUGGUUGGAGACCAGGUUAUGUAGGGGACAAGGUUGUCUCCUGACACACAGGGUGAGCUUUAGGGGAAGAAAUGACUUGUGAAGGAUGGGAAAUGCUGUCUUCUUGAAAGGAAGGUGAAACCAUGGCAAGCUUGACCCUGCCUCGGUGCCUGUGUCCUCUGCUCUGUAUGGCUGCGCACAGGGAGCGGGACAGCUGGGGAGGCCCUGAGCACUGAGGCAUACAGGUGGUGGCCACACAGUUACAGCUGCCUUCCAAAUCAGGGAAUCAACUCCAGCUGUUUUUUGUGAGUAGGUGGGACCAACACGCUCCUGUUGGUUUAUUUUGUGGAAAGUGCUUUGGAAGAUGUACAUUGACUGUGCUUUUUCAUCCUCUUUUAUAAUACUGGCCCAGUGUAUUGGCAUGGCUGUUGUUGGUGUGCAGCUUGGAGUGGUGAAUCUGACCUGGUGAGAAGGGUUUAAAUAAGACCUCGGAGUUGCCAGGAGUGUAGCCUGUACUGCAUCCACUUACAUGUGACAGCCCUGUAAUUCAGGGGACAGCAAUACUGAAACACAGCAGCGUGAAGAAAGGAUAGAGGUAACUUUGCUCCCAGACUUACAGACUAAGAUCUGUUUGCUUAUUUUAAAAAAAUAUAACUUGUUCUUGAUUAGUUAAAAGACGAAUCUUGGUCGUAAGGAAUCAUAUGCACUUGCUUGAUUAAUUUUGAACAAAAUAACUCUCCAUUACGGCCUUGUUAUAUUUAGAUUUUCAAAAAUAAAAAAAUGCAUAUGAGGAUGAAUUUGAUACUCUAUCUUCUCCUUUUCAUGCUGUAAGGAGGUAUGCCAGAGUAAACAAUUGCAUAGAUUAUAAAUAUUGUCCUAUUGGGUGUGCUCUACUGUUGUAUCUAUGUUAGCUUGUUCGUAAAGCUGUAUGACUUCAAUAUGUGUGUAAGGCCUGUGCUUACUUAACAGAGUAGUUCUAGUCCUUGUUGAACCUCUGUAGUCCCAGCAGAAAUUUGGAGGAAUUGUGGUCAAGUAACAUACACGCCCAUGAAGACACAGCACAGCUAGUUUGAUGUCUAGGAGAAUGUCAAGUUACUUCAACUUAAAAUCAUAGAAUGUCUCAAGAUCAUGGAGUCCAACUCCUUGCAGGACCACCUAAAACUAAACCAUAUGAUUAAGAGCAUUGUCCAGACAUUCCUUAAACUCUUGACAGACAGGCUUGAUGCUGUGACCACUUCCCUGGGGAGCCUGUUCCAGUGACCAGCUGUCCUCUUGGUGAAGAAAUCCAGCCUGAACUUUCCCUGAUGCAGCUUCAUUCCAUUCCCUCUUGUCCUAUCUCUGCUCAACAGAGGGAGAUCAUCACCUCCCCCUCUACUGCCUCCCUUGAGGAAGGUGUAGACUGGGAUGCAUCUCUGGGUGUUAGGAAAUGUUGCACACUUUGCCCUUGUUGCAUGAUGCUGUGUAACCAACCAGUUCUUGUAUGUGGGCAAACUGGCCAUGAACCAUUGUGGCUGAGCAACUAGGACAAGUGGUCAGAGCAACAUUGGUGUGAGAUUGGACUGCCUGAUGAACUCUCCACUCCGCCUUCCAAAAAUAUAAAAGCAAAUCCUUGCCCUGUUGAGGUUGAUGAAUUUGUCCAUGCAGGAACCAAGCAAAAGCCUUCAGGAUUUAUGGUAGGGAUUUAUGUGAGGAGUGAGAAAGACAGACUUGUCUCGCCGAAGUGGCAGGUAAAUCUUAGGCUCCCUGUGGUUACAGAGGGUCUGCCAUCCCUGGAGAGACUCAUUUGCCCUGUUUGAGGAUUAAGCCUCCAGAACGAAGGCUGUUUCCUUGACUGGAGGAAGCAAAAAUUAUUAGUCUGGACUAGAUGUCUAAAUUCUAGAUAGACUAAAGGCAAGGGAGACGAGUAGCUCCCCCUCAUCUAAAUAUUCAAAAAAACUUUUGCAUUUGCUUUGCUCUUAAGUGCCUGUUACGUUUAUUCUUGCUUGUUUGUUGUUGUUGCUCUUUUUUUUUUUU